ACGCUCACACGGCCACGUCCGACACGUGUCCCGACCUCAUUGGGAGUUGAGGCCGACCCCUAAACCUCGACGGCUGCAAAUCACCAGCUUUUCGCGGCCUAACCUUUUCGCUUUCCCAUUUCAAAAACUGCCCCCUUUGCUUUGCUUGGGUCAACCAACGGCGUCGUUUUUACCGUUUUGGAUUUUAUCAUCUACCGCAAAAAAGGGGGAAACUUUUCAUGACCCGAAGGAAUCUGGGUUUCUUUGCUUUCAAUCAAUACUCAAUAGGUUAGUAAUGCGAAAAAUCAACCGACCCUGUUCGUGUCUGGACAAAGUCAUACUGCAUCCGUACAAGAACAACGUAAAUGGUUUUUCGAGGGUUUGGUAGAUUAGGAAAAGGUUUGAGUUUUCUGGGUUUUUAAGGUUGAGAUGGAUGGAUGUUUAUUUUCUUGUUUUGGAUGACAAUGCAUCAGCUGGAUCCCGAUAUUGUUCGGUGGGGCCUUCACCUCAUAGAUGUUUGGCCUGUGGCUGAUGAACGCUCUCCACAAACGAUCACUUGUUAUGAAGAGGACUUGUCCAGAACAGACUCUGUGAAGGAAGGUUUUUGCGAGCGUGAAAAUUCUGUGGUGGAGAAUGAUGAAGUAAUAGCUCAAGCUCUUCAGGAAGAAUUAUCGAAGCUUGCUGAUGCGGAGGCAUCUGGAUCUUCGACUUUUGAGGAACAAAAUCAGAAGGCAUCAAUUCUUGCUCAGGAUUGGCUUGGUCCUUCAAAAAGGCACAUGAGUUCUGAUUGUCAGAAUAAUUUAGGAGAAGCAGGAAAAGAUGGACCACUUAUAUCGGAACUUGAAAAUUUGUCAGUCGAGGACAAAGAUGAAGAUCUCUUACCAGAGAUGGACAGUGAAUUAGGUCUUGAUGGUGAAGUUGGCAAAAGGCUGAAUCAGAUGGUUCCAAUCCCUCAUGUUCCUAAAAUUAACGGAGAAAUACCAUCUAUUGAUGAAGCCUCGUCAGAUCAUGAAAGGCUUUUGAACAGAUUACAGUUAUAUGACUUGGUCGAACUCAAAAUUUCGGGAGAUGGAAAUUGUCAGUUUCGGUCAUUGUCGGAUCAGAUAUAUCGGAGCCCAGAGCAUCACAAAUUCGUGAGAGAACAAAUAGUGAACCAGCUGAAGUCACGAGCUGAGUUGUACGAAAAUUAUGUCCCUAUGGCUUAUGGUGAAUACGUGAAGAAAAUGAGCAAAAACGGGGAGUGGGGAGAUCAUGUCACAUUACAGGCUGCGGCUGAUUGGGUAUGAUUUUUCGUGUAUUUUUAUCUUGCUUUGGAUUAUAUCUUUUAAUCGUUUUGUCUUCUUAACUAAUACGUUAUUAUAUCAUAGAAUAGUUUCAGGCUUUUGAUACUCACUCGUAACAAAUAUAUUAUGGAAUNAUUACCGAUUAUGAAGAGCAAGAAAAAGAAGCGAUGGUGGUGGUAACGCCGUUUUCUGAUAAUUUUCUACCAAAUUUUAGAAAGAGGAGAAAGCUUAGUUCAAUUCUUUGUUGUGGAUUUAUGCCUUUGUUAGACAAAACCAUAGGACAAUAGAAAGGAGGAAAAAGAAGAUGAAUGUACAUAUCCAUAUUUGCACAUAGCAAUUUUUGGUGACAAGAUUCUCUCUUUUCUUUCAUUCAUGGUCACUUCUCAUUUCUUACCCACUGUAAAUAUCUACACAUUGAAUUUUAUCUAGUUUGUAAAUAAAUUAGAUUUUUGAGAAGUCUUAAUAAG